AUGUGGGCUCGCACUGUUUCAGUUGUACGUCUUAUCCUGGCCUUGCUGUUUCCAUUCAGUCCACAGGCGGUGCAAUUGUUCAAGGAAUUGACCUUAAAGGAUGCGGAUGCCGCACUUAGUACCGAAUUGGACAAGCUGGUGGACACCAUCCCGGAGUCGAAUGUGGACAGUCGUUUGCGGUUCCGGAAAGAGAUGGACGGUUUUCACGAACUAUUCAAGCGGUACCUAGAUGCAACGUCGGAUGCAUUUGAGUGGGAUAUGAUUCAACCGCUUCCUGCUGGCGUGGUUAUGCCGUACAACAACUUGCCAAGUCUGAUUGACAAGGAGAGUACCCGUCAACAGUUGAACAAGUUGGUCGUGGUCAAACUGAAUGGCGGUCUGGGUACAACGAUGGGUUGCACCGGGCCGAAAUCCCUCAUUUCUGUCCGCAGCGAUCUGACAUUUUUGGAUCUCACUGUUCAGCAGAUCGAAGACACUGAUGUACAUAAUGCUAAUGGACAGGAGCAUACUCCGACCAAUUGUACUGGUCGCUGUUCGCCCCUCAUGGCUAAAACGGAUGCGAACGACACUGCGGCUGAUAUCGGAUUGGAUGACUCUAUUGGGGACACCAUGUUUCUGGAAACACGAGACCCAGAACCAGAGGAGCUGGCAUUGCUGUUGAGAGAUCCGCUUCCGCCAUCCGGCCUUCUGCUGGCAACGACGGAGAGCGUGCAGUGCUUCACCACUGACAAUGUUCCAGUGGAACCCAUCCUGUGUGAUGAAACUCGCCGCUUUACCCCUAAUUUAACAUCUUGCGAGAAAACGCUCUCUGCUUGUAGAUUGGCAAAUCGAUUGAUCCCCCUGCAUAGUUUCAUUAGGCUGCACGAAGAUCGAUUGACUGCUCCCGAUUCGGUGCUAGAAAGCACAGGAGUGUCGCCUGUUUCCGUCACCGGGGAUUAUCCCAGUUCGCUCGUAGCUGACUCGGUGAAGCUGCGUUCAAGUGUUGCAUCUUGCCCGAACAGACAAGAAACAUCGGCUCAGAUCUCGAAUCUUGGUGUUUCAAAACGCAGUGUUUCAGUCAACAUGCCUAACAUGUCCCCGAUGAGUUCGUUGAAUGUGCCGCUCGCUGGAUCGUCAGUGCGCAACCGCCCGGAUCAACCUAUUAUGGCCGUCUCUCCUGGUUGUUGCCUACGUGAUGUCAUGAGGGAGCUAAACCAGCUUACUUGGUUUCGUUUUCGUCGCCUAAUCCCCUGCGCCAUCACCGCUCUUGACUUCCGACUGAUCCUGACCGACGAUGAUUCCAUCCAGAUUGUGACCGCCGGAAUGGUGUCGGUCCCGGUUCCUGCUACCCGCACUUGCGCGUCAUCCUACAGACCCGUAUCGGACACUGUCUCCCAUUCAUCGAAUGCAGACAUCCUGGGUGUUGACAUUGCCACUUGCGAUGAAAGCCUCUUCGAGGGUGGUGUGAUCGACUACGGUAGUCGCAAAGCAAUGGACUGCUCUGAAACUCAGCAGCCUGUGGAUUCAUCACGCACUGAUCCAGCGUUUCAGAACAACCUACAUGGGUGUCUUUUGACUCCACUCUCUUGUGUGCCUGGCAUGGUUGUGGAUACAUACUUGGGAAACUUGGACUUCUUUUUCGUUCGUGAGACGAACGAUUUGAAGGAAGCUGGCGGGAUUCGCGGUUUCCUGCACACUGGUCUCGCGGAAGUUCAAGCUGUCGUCGGCGCGCACACUUCGAGUUUGGGAGGAAACGUUCUGCUGUCUUAUCAUCUCAGUGAGGUGCACAUCUUUCGCACAGCCUCGCGCAACCACGCACAAUGCCUGUUCAAUGUGUGUGGGGACAUGGCCAGAUUAUCUCCGAUACGGGUUCAGUAGACGCAUAUGGAAACGGGAAUACCUUCUAAUCAGAUAGCUCUACACACCCAUGUAAACUGUUUAUAACCGCGGAAUCUCAACGAUGUUGCCAAUUGUUGAUCAACCACUGACGUAUCCGCCAAAUGUGAUGUUUAAAGUAUACUUCUGUAUUUACAUCUCGAUUUCAAUAAACCCAAUUGAUC